AUGAGAGACAAUCUCAUAUUCUCGGGAAUCCGAGAGGGCAACGCCGAUCCGGAAAAAACUGUACGAGAGUUCAUGUCGGAUAAGCUCAAACUCUUCCCGGAGGUGGUUGAAGUCAGUGAGGUUGAGAGGUUACUACAUUCUCUUCCGUACAACAAGGUAGCUGGUAUAGACAACCUGGAUAAGGGAUCACCACCACGCGGUCAGAAACAAAAAAAACACAAAUUACUCAUUGGAGCCUGGAACGUGCGAACCCUCAUGGACAACCAAGCCAGCGAUCGACCGGAAAGGCGAACUGCCAUCAUCUCCAGAGAGCUAAGGAAGUUCCAGAUCGACAUCGCAGCACUCUCCGAGACCCGACUGGCCGACGAAGGGCAGCUGAAGGAAGAAAAAGGUGGGUAUACUUUCUUUUGGAAAGGAAAACCUGCAAAUGAGCCACGAAUCCACGGUGUGGGUUUUGCUAUUAAGAACUGCCUCAUCAACCACCUCCAUGAACUCCCUGUGGGCAUCAACGAGCGCCUAAUGACCUUACGCCUUAUGCUUGCUAGCAGUCAUAUGGCCACGGUCGUUAGUGCCUAUGCACCAACCCUUGAUGCACAGGAUGAAGUUAAAGAGGCCUUUUAUGCUGACCUGGACAAAGUUCUAUCUGAAGUCCCUAAGGAGGACAAGUUAAUCCUGCUUGGAGACUUCAACGCCAGAGUGGAACGAAACCACUACCUAUGGAGGGGUACGCUGGGGAGAGAAGGGGUCGGAAAUACAAAUUCUAAUGGCGCACUACUGCUAACUAAGUGCUCGGAGCACAACCUGGUCAUUACCAACACACUUUUCCGUCAGAAAACCAAGUUCAAAACAUCAUGGAUGCACCCUCGCUCCAAACUGUGGCAUCUCAUUGACUACGUCAUUGUCCGCUCUAAAGACCGUCACGACGUCCUAAACACCAGAGCAAUGACCAGUGCAGACGACUGCUGGACCGACCAUCGCCUCAUUCGCACCAUCAUGUCCAUCCGCUUAAUGCGGAAAAGACGGAUGCAGAAAAGACAUGAAAAGAGUAGCCCACGCCAAAGCAAAGGCAGCCCCCUUCGCUCAAAGGAUGGUCUGCUGCUGCUGAAGGACAAGGACGCAAUUUCAAACAGGUGGAAAGAACACUAUGAGGACCUCUUAAACAGGGACACUAUACCUGAGAUGGAGGCUCUUGACCAACUCCCACAACAACCCACAGAUGAAAGCAUGGGAGAACCACCUACCUUGGAUGAGCUGCAGGAUGCCAUUGGGAAGAUGAGGAACAACAAGGCUGCUGGGCCCGACGGCAUUCCAGCAGAGGUCCUGAAGAAAGGCGGACCCGAUCUUACCAAGCACAUCCAUGCCCUGCUUCUCAAAAUAUGGGAAGAAGAGGAAAUCUCUGCACAGCUCAGAGAUGCCCUAAUUGUAUCCAUAUUUAAGAAAGGAGACAAGGCAGACUGUGGGAAUUACCGUGGCAUCUCUCUCCUGUCCACCAUAGGGAAAGCCCUCGCUCGGGUUUUGGCCAACAGACUCACCCUCCUGUCAGAAAGCGUGCUUCCUGAGUCUCAGAGUGGAUUUCGCCCAAGCAGAGGCACCACAGACAUGAUUUUCAUCGCACGACAACUGCAAGAAAAAUGCCGGGAACAAAACCAAUCACUAUACAUGGCCUUCAUAGACCUCACCAAAGCCUUCGACUCGGUUAACCGUCAGGCACUUUGGCUGGUUCUGUCCAAGAUUGGCUGCCCAGAUAAAUACAUCCGGGUACUGAGACUACUGCAUGAUAACAUGUCAGCCACAGUGCUCAGUGGCAGUGGAGAUGAAACGGAACCCUUUAGGGUAGACACAGGUGUAAAACAGGGAUGUGUCAUCGCUCCAACACUAUUUUCCAUUUUUGUUGCUACUAUCCUUCAUCUCACAAACAUACAUCUGCCCCAGGGAGUCGAAAUAAUGUACAGAACCGACGGUCAACUCCUCAACAUCAACCGUUUCAGGGCUAAAGGUCAAACCACCACCAUAUCCAUCAUGGAGCUGCAGUAUGCAGACGAUAAUGCCCUCAUAGCCCUCUCAGAAGAGGACCUACAGUGCACUCUGUCUGCUUUUGCGAAGGCAUACAAACAGCUUGGUCUUGCCAUCAAUAUAAAGAAAACCCAAAUCCUCCACCAAUCACCACCAAACAGUAGUGCGCCUGUCCUGCCACCAAACCUGUCAAUUGACAAAAUCCGACUGGAAAAUGUGGACCACUUCCCAUAUCUCGGGAGCCUCCUGUCAUCUAAAGCUGUCAUUGACGAUGAAAUUCACCACCUCCUCAGCUGUGCCAGUGGGGCCUUCUCAAGGCUGAGGAAGCGAGUCUUCGAGAACCGUGACCUCCAAGCAAAGACCAAAAUCCUGGUCUACAAAGCAGUCGUGCUCCCCACCCUUCUGUAUGGGUCAGAAGCCUGGACCACCUACAGCAGGCACUUAAAGGCACUCGAGACCUACCAUCAUAGAUGUCUCAGAAAAAUCCUCAGGAUCAGCUGGGAGGACCGACGCACCAACACCAGCGUCCUGGAGGAGGCUGGCUUGCCCCCCAUCACUGCCACGAUAGCCCAAAACCAACUCAGAUGGACUGGCCAUGUAGUCCGCAUGCCUGACUCUCGCCUCCCAAAACAAGUCCUUUAUUCCCAGCUUGUUGAAGGGAAACGGGCCCCGGGAGGUCAAAAGAAGAGAUUUAAGGAUAACAUCAAGGCAAACCUGACAAAGUGUCGCAUAGACCGUAAGUCUUGGGAAGUCAAGGCAAAAGACAGGACGAUGUGGAGAAACCUUGUCUGUGAGGGUGCCGCGCAAUAUAAUGACGACCUCCGCCAUGCUGCACAAGACAAGCGCAGACUAAGAAAGGAGAGAGCAUCCACCAAACAGGCCCAACCCAAACCCACCACCACUACAUUCCCUUGUCCACAUUGCCCCAGAAUAAUCGGGUCCAGAAUCGGCCUCCACGCCCACCUGAAGACCCACAAGGACCAGGAAGGAGGACAGUCAUACUCGACCACGAGUGACCGCCGAUGA